CCCCCGUCCAUUCCCAUGUGGACCUCAUCCAAAUUAAAUUCUCUAACACAACUAUUGCCCAAGUACCCAAUUGUGCGUUUAGUCAACUCCACCUCUAAACCAUAUCUAUCCCCUUCUUACCUUUUUUAUUUUCUCACAUCUUCCUCAUACUCUCAUGGCUCUAAAUGAUGAAACCCAAAACCAAAACACCACCCAAACCCACCUCACCGCCGCCUCCCGGUGGCCAAUUAUUCGUCGGAGAAUCUCGCUACGCAGGCGUAAAAUGCACACAGUACGCUUAGGGGGGAAAAAGCCUAGACGAGGAUUGUUUUUAUUAAGAAUGCUAAAAAAGAUGAGACUGAGGUGGCUAAAACUGCAGUAUUCUUGCAUGUUAAGGAAGCUGAAGGAGUAUUAUAGUAAUUUGAUUAAGGAUAUCGUUGAAGCUGGAGCUACUAUAGAGUCUUAUCAACAAAGGCUUGUUAUGGAGGCUAGUUUGGCUGUUCCUGUUAUGGGUAUUUCUUUCUCUGGCUAUCCUUCCAUGUCUGGAUCGGAUCGCCCUCGAUCCAUUUUCCUGUAAUCAACUUCUUUUUUUUUUUUUUUUUUCCUUUCUUCUCUUAUUAUAUAUAUUAAUUUUCCUUUUUUUUUUUAA